ACCGGCUCCACUACAGUGCUUUGUCCCUUUGGUGACGUCAAGAAAGAGCAGCCAGGGACUACCUAGUCAGCCGGCGUCGACUUCAGAACUGUUGAUUGAAUAGGGAGGCUCCCCGAAGUACUCUAUGAGGUGCCUCUCACUGUGGUUAAUCAUUGUAAGAGUCAUAUCGCUUCCCUGCCCUUUUACCGAUAUACUCCGAUGUGCCCGUGAUGUCUCAGGGCCGAUAAUUAUAUUGAGUUGUGAUUCAUCUUGGUCUCACUUAGCCUUCCUCGCCACCCCACCCGUUCUCAAAAAUGUGUACUACUGAGAAGGUUGUCGAUUCAUACAAGAUUUGGGCUUCCCUCAUAACCAACGACUCAUACCUCCCGGGCCUCCUCACCCUCGUCUUCUCCCUCCGCAAAGUCAAGUCCAAAUACCCCCUCGUGGCCCUGUACACCGGGUCCCUCCCGGAGAAGACCCUCCACGCCCUCGCGGCGAGAGAUAUCCCCAUCCAGCAUGUGCCAUAUCUCUGUCCAGGACCUCCACCAAAAGGGGAAGCCGUUGUCGAAGGGGGUAAGACGAAGAACGGAGGGGGCAACAACACCUCGUACGACCACGACCCGCGCUUUCGUGUCUGCUUCACCAAGCUCGCCGUCUUCUCUCUGACGGGAUACUCCCGCAUCGUGAUGCUCGACGCCGACAUGCUGGUCCGGCGCAACAUGGACGAGCUGUUUGACGUGCCGCUGGAUGAGGAGAACCGGUUGUUUGCGGCUACCCACGCCUGCCUCUGCAACCCGCACCACCUCCCCCACUACCCCCCAACCUGGACCCCCGCCAACUGCGCCUACACCACCCAACACCCCUCCCCCACCACGGCCCAACACACCCCCCCUCCCCCGUCCACCAACCUCUCCCUCCUCAACGGCGGCCUCCUCACCCUCCGUCCCUCCCCCACCACCUUCACCACCAUAACCACCUUCCUCCGCGACCACGCCACCGAAUGCACCCCCGCCCAGCUCCCCUUCGCCGAGCAAUCGCUGCUGAGCAUUCUGUUUCGUGGCCGGUGGGCGGCGCUGCCGUAUGUGUAUAACGCGCUGGCGCCGAUGCGGCGGCGGCAGGGGGGGCAUGGGGCAGCGUUGUGGAGGGAUGGGGAGGUGAGGGCGGUGCAUUUUAUUUUGGUGCCGAAGCCUUGGGAGGGGGUUGGGGGGGACGGUAGGGGGGAGGGUGGGGAUGGGGAUGUGGAUGGGGGGAAACAUAAGGGUGGUGAUAGGGAUAAUAAGGAUGGGGAGGAUGAUGAUGAGGAUGAGUAUGAGACGUGGAGAUGGUGGAGGGAGGCUGAUGAGGAGAGGCGGCGGUGGGAGGGGGAGAGGGGGUUGGAGUGUUGA